AUGCAAUGCAUGAUCCUGCUCACCAUCUGGCAAGAAACGGCUCUGUGCCAGCCGAUGUUAUAUUUCCUGGCUGUCCUGGCCCUAGUGGACAUGGGUCUGAGCACCACCAUCAUGCCCAGGAUCCUGGCCAUGCUUUGGUUCAAUGCCUGCACCAUCAGUCUCUCAGAAUGCUUCUUUCAGAUUUAUGCUAUUCACGACUUCGUAGGGCUGGAGUCUAGCAUCUUCCUUUGCAUGGCAAUUGACAGGUAUGUGGCCAUCUGUCACCCCCUCUGCUACCCCUUUGUCAUCACGAAAGGCUUUGUCCUCAAGGCCACCUUGUUCAUGGUGUUCAGAAAUGACCUCCUAGCCAUUCCAUUGCCUGUCCUGGCCUCAAGGCGUCAUUACUGCUCCAGGAAUGAGAUUGACCACUCCUUGCUUCUGUGGAUGGUGUUUCUGCAAAUAUGGCAUUUUGACUACAGUACCUACGGUGGUCUUGAUGGCUUAUUGCCUCGCAGUACAGAAAAUCUGUCCAACAAGAUUUUGCUGAUUUACAGUUCUCAUGCAUAUGAUUUCUGCGACCUUUGGGGUCAGCUAAGAAAGUACUCUCAUAACCAUCUUUGUUUCCCACUGAUUCCAAGAUCUGGGAAGAUCUGCAUUUUCCCAGAAGUGAACCCUUUUAAGUUAAAUCUUCCAAAUCCACAAGGCAUCCAGAUAGUCAGAGAGGCAUCAAAAUAG